AUGCUGCGCGUAGAGGGGCUCAAACGAGCUUAUGCCCGCAAGUCUGAAGAGGUAAGGAGAAGCAAACGGGCUGUUGAUGACGCCCAUAAUGUUGCUGACUACUCUUUGUACAUGCAUGGCUUAGAAUCUAAAUCUAUACGCAUGGAACAGGCGGAGAAGGCCAAGGCCCUCCAACAGCAGAUUGAUCAGCUGAAAAACCAAGUUGACCAACUGCAGGCGUCCCUGGAUGAUGCCAACAAAAAGUUGGAGGAACAGAAAGAGCCCCUCCAACGGCUGGGCAAGGCGGAGACUGAAAAUGGCCGCCUUGCCAAAGAGAAUGAGCGCCUGCGCAAAGAGGCGGCUGCUGCCAAUGAGAACUUCAAGGCCACCUUGGAGUCGGAGCAGGAGAGGCUCAUUGAAGAGAAUGACCAUGACUGUGCAAACCGGAUGCAACGGGCGUUUUCCAUCAUCCACCCGGAGGCGGACUUCACCGUUUGGGAACUCGCCUUCAAAUAUUCUAAUCUUGCCAUUCUGGCCGAGGAGGCGAAUGAGCCGGGGCCCGGACCCUGUGACGCUUGGGUUAGGGAGGAGAUUGCGCGACGGCAGGCGGAGGCUGCUGAAGAGGAAGAAGUCGUUCCUGAAGCCGACGCAGCCGCUCACCCUGAUCCAACCCAGAACCAACCGGAAUAG